UCAUUUUCUUCUUCUUGUUUCCAGUUUGAAGCAACUCAGAGUUUCAUGGAGUAAAAGCCUGAGAGGAUUCAGCACUAGUUGAAGUGGAAGAAAAAUGGAUGUAAAAGAAAUUGUCGAACCAAAAGGCGAGCUCACAUUGCCACCACCUCCUGCUUUUAUUGUUGCAAUUGCUGUCAAGGGAAAUAGAAAAAGCAAGAAUGUUAUUUCAUGGACAUUGGAAAAGUUCGUUCCCGAGGGAAUCACUUUGUUCAAGUUGUUACAUGUCUGCCCAAGGAUUACUGCAGUCCCUACACCAAUGGGAAAUUUCAUUCCUAUUUCACAAAUACGCGAUGACGUAGCAGCUGCUUAUAAGCAGGAAGUGGAAUGGCAGAGGAGUAAAAUGUUGCAGCCUUAUAAAAAAAUGUGUAUUCAGAAAAAGGUGCAAGUAGAUAUAACAAUAAUUGAAUCAGAUGAUGUGGCAAAAGCAAUUGCAGAGGAGGUUGCAAACUGCUCCAUUAACAAGCUUGUUAUAGGUGCUGCAUCUUACAUGAUGUUUUCAAGGAAAAUUAAAAAGGAUGAUCUGUCCUCGAGAAUCUCACUUUGUACUCCAAGCUUUUGUACAAUCUAUGCUGUUUCAAAAGGAAAAUUGUCAUCCAUCCGCCCGCCUCACUUAGCUACAAAUAAAAGUAUUAAAGAUGACUGCAGUGACUUAAGUUUCUCUAACAACAGUUCAUCAAGUUACAGUUCCAGUUCCCCAAAAGAUCUUCACUCCGUUUCUUCCUAUUCUCAUUUCCAUUCUCCUUCCCUGCCAAUUCAGCGAUUUCAGGCUCUUUCAACCGUAAAUAAUACUCUUCUUCGUUCAACAACAAACUCAACCGAGCGGUCCGAGCCCAAUCAUUCACGAUGCCAGUCUUUGGAUACUGAGAGAGGGCAGGAUUCCAUGAGUUCCUAUCUCAGUAGUUCAGGAGUUCGACAGCCAGUCAGUCGAAGUUCAAGUUACCUGAGUCUCGUAACAGAUAACCAGAGUUCAUCUGAACAUGUUUCCAUCUCAGAUGUGCUAACUGACUGUUCUUCCUCUGUAAGCCAGGUAGCUUUUCCAUUUUCUUUGGACUUAGUAUUCUGUUGGACAUCAAUGGAAAUUCAAUUUUUUUCAUGA